AUGUCUUUGGAGGAAAAGAUGGAGUUGUUCCAGAGGUCAAAGACUCAGGACCUCAACUCUUUCCUGGGCACACUUACCAGGAACCAGAGAGAAGCGCUCUGGAAGAAAUUUGAAAGGGCCAGGGGCUCCACCAAGGACCCCAAAGUGGAGGAAGUUUGGAAUACUGUCUGCAAAGGCAAAAACAGUGACCAACACAAGAAGCAGCUUUUGAAGGUGUUCCUUCAAACCAAAGGGGAGCUUAAGAAUUCUCAAGCCUGGCAGAAGGAGGUCCUCUCCUUGCAGCAGACCUCGGGCCACAGGUCAUCCUUGGAAUGGGUGCCCUUUGCCACCAUAUUGCACAGAUAUGGCUUGCAAGUCAAGAAGGGCACCAUUCUUGUCCAAAAAGAUCCUCUGGAUGAUGAUGAAUGGCAAUUUGCCCUGGCCAAGAAUGUGGACUACAGUGCUACAGAGCAGAGGCAUGAGGUGGCUGCAGAGCAGGUGGGCAAGAUGGAGGUGUGCAAUUGGAUGAAAGUCAAGGCCAAAGGCUUUCUUGGCAAUGAGGAAGGGUCAGCUGACCAGGCCUUGAGAGAUGUCAUGCCCCAGAAGGCCAGCAAGCACAUGAAAGCAUUGCUGCCACCUCCACCAUCUGACUCUAAGAAAGAUGCUGAAGCAUCCAAAGGGAAAGACAAGCAAGUGAUUGAGGCUGAGGUUUUGAGUGAUAUGGGCAGCAGUGCUGUGGCAGGUGAGCUCAAGAAAAGGGUGGAGAAGAUGCUGAAGCUGCUUCAAGCAGUGAAGAAGGAGGUGGGCACAAGCAAAGUGAAGGAUCACUUGCAUGGCCCUGAGACUGACCUCAAGAAGCUCCUGAAAACAAAGAUGAACGCAGAAUCUGCCAAGGGCAAGCUGUUUGAUGCUGCUAUGGCAAUCAAAACAGGACCUGAUCUGCAAAGAAUAGCAUUUGCAGCUGUGAAGACAGGAGUAACUGCGCCAGACAUUCAGCUCAUGGCCAGCUUUGGGAACUUUGGGAGGAAUCCCAAUCAUGUGGCAGGCCAAGUCACCAAGCAGUACUGUCAAUCAGAUGACAUCGACAUCCCUGAGCCCUAUGUGAUUGAUUUGCCAGUGAGGGUGAGGACCCCAGAUGACUGGGCUCUGGGCACCAGGCAAGUAGGCAUUUUCUUGCCACAUGAGUGGUGGGCCUGGAUGAGUGACAAAGAGGCUGUCUCUGGCUUGAAUGGGCUUGCAGACUUUUGGGAGGGACAAGAUCUUUCAGAUCCCAAACUUGAAGGGAAUCCACUGAUGGCAGAGGAUUACAAAACAUUUUGCCCCAUUGUGAUCCAUGGGGAUGGGGGUGCAUUCCAAAGAUCAGACUCUAUUGAAGUGAUCUCUAUGCGAUCUUUAUUGAGUUCUUCCAAUGUCUCCACAAGUCAGCUGCUGCUUGCAGCAGUCCCCAAAAGCUGCAUCAGCAAAAGUGACAAGGACUCAGAAGACACUAUGAGAUGUUUGUGGGAGGUCUUGGCAUGGUCCUUCACCCACAUAUACUAUGGAAAAUGGCCUGAAUUUGAUCAUGCUGGCAGGGCUUGGCCACAGAAAUCAAUGAGGAAGGCCAGAGCAGGAUCACCACUCAACCCUGAUGGCUAUUCUGGUGUUAUUUGGUCCAUCACAGCUGACGGUGAAUACAUGCAGAACUCAUUCUUUCUGCCAGGUCACAGUUUCAAUGAUUGCUGCUGGUCUUGCCAAGCAAACAAGAGUGACAGACCACACAAUGACUAUCGUGCAAAUGCAAAAUGGCGAGCUACUGUAGUAAGCCAUUGUGGCACCAGCCCCACUUCACAUCUUGUGACCACCAUCCCAGGUGUGGUGGGGAACACAUUUGCAUAUGAUUGUCUACACAUUCUUGAGGAGGGUGUGGCAUCACACAUCCUUGCAAAUUGCAUGUUUGACUUUGUGGUCAAGGGGCCAUCCUCGCAGGAUCAGAACUUGAAGAAUCUUUGGAAGAAGCUUUGCCAGCAAUAUCUUGAACAGGGGAUUUCCUCCAGCAACCAGGUGAGGAAAUUGACUAUGUCCAGCUUUUGCAACCCCAAAUCCAAGCAGGACAGUUUUCCUGUGAUGUCAGGUGUCAAGGCAAGGCACCUGAGGUACUUAGUGCCCUGCAUCUUAGAGAUUGUGAGGGAGAUGGAGAAGCCUGAUGAUCCAUAUAGCAGGCACAGGGUCUGUGUGGUUGACAAUUUGGAAAGGAUGUAUUUGGCAAUGGAGAGCUGUCACAUCCACAUGACAAGCAAGGCCUCACAACAAUUGUUGAAAUGCACAAGCAGCUGCCUCUUGCACUAUGUGAAACUUGCAAAUUUGUCCAUAGCUUCAGGCUCUUUGCAGUGGUCGACAGUGCACAAACACCAUUUAGCCUGUCAUCUGGCAGAGCAAGGCAGGUGGAUGAAUCCAAGGUUUCAAACCACAUAUUCUGGUGAGGCUAUGGUGGGGAUGAUGAGUUCCUUGGCACAUUGCUGCCUGAAUGGGACAGCACCUCACCAAGUCCCUCUCAAAGUUGCUCUUCGAUUCAGGUUGUCAAUGCAUUUGAAGUUCAUGGGCAGUAUGGAACUGCUUGAUUCUGCUGAGGAAUCAUGA